AUGAGCUGUAGCAAGGAUUUAAAUAUGCCAAAGUGGUCUAUGAUUUGUGGUUUACUUGUGUUAGUGAGUGCUCAACCUAAUAGUGACAAUGAAGUUUCAGAUAUCUGCAAGGAAAUCCACUGUAUCGGUGAAGAGUACGAAUGUAUAAAAAGCAAGUGCUAUUGCGCUGAUGGCUACAUACCCAAUCACUUCCACAAUCGGUGCAUACGAUGUCCACGCUUAGGGGAAAAAUGUUUUGGACCGUGUUGCGACAAAUAUGGAAAUGGCAGUAUUCAAUGCUGGCAGGGUGUUUGUCAACAGUGCUACGAUGCUCACGGUCAAUGGACAUGCAGGGAAUCCCUAGAACAAAUUCUUCUGAUUUCCAGCACACAGGUGGUGAUGGGAGCGGCGCUCAUUCUUGGGAUCAUAGCUACCUUCGUACUGCUGUAUAAACUUUGCAGCACAAAUACCUUGAGGCCUGGAGGUACAUACAACAACGAAGGUCGCCUAUCAAUAGGCAGCCUUCAAUUAUACGUUGAUGAAAGAUUACGAGACGCGCCACCGAGCUAUUCCAGAGUGCCAGCAGCUGGAUCAGCGAUAUAUCCAGCAAUCUCGUAUCUAAACGCAGGAUUUAUUCACGACAGCAGUAUACCGCCUCCUCCUUACACACCAGACAUAAAAGCAGAUGAAACUCAAAACACAGCUAUUCAUAUGUGA